GUUGUUCAGAGUUAUGCACGUUAAAUAAAGGCUUAUGCCUCGACGCCAACUUGGACUUGCAGAGCAAAGCGUUAACUUGACCCUCACUGAACGUUAGUGCUCGUAGUUCUAAUUUGGACUGCUUUGAGAAACACUAGGUUGGUUUCUUUAAGUAUUAUGUUGGUAUUUCUGAAGGGCCGUAUCGAUACUGUCAUGGCGUAAUGUACUUUGUCACAAACGCCGAAAAAGGCGGGCGAGUUUUGAGCGUGCCGUUCACAAGAUUUGGUAGUGUUCCGAAUUAGACAGAAGUUCGUGUAGCUCAAGUUUCUGUACGCGGAAAAUAUUCGUUGUAGUUGUAUAAGAUAAACCGUUCAAAAUGGGUCGCAAAUCUGUCAAAGGAAAAUUGAAACGUGCUGAAAGGCAGAUGGAGCGUGAAAUAAUUGCUGCAGCUCAGAAAGUUGUCAAUGCAGCCAAUGAACAAGAGGACCCCUUGGCCAAAUUAGUAGCAUUCAAACAGUAUAAAAAGAAUGAUUUAGCUGUAACAUUGGAGUGUCGGCGUGUGGAAGAUCUCAAUGUUGAAACCCGCAACUGGGCUUUUGAACUUCUGAAGAGGAACAUGAAGGAUUAUUAUGAUACAUGCUCUUGGGGUUGGAAUGAUAGAGUAAAGAAGGAAGAAAUGACAGAUUCUCGUGCAUGGUACCUAAUUGCCCGAUCCAUUACUGGAGAUCCAGUUGCUUUUUCACAUUUUCGCUUUGAUAUUGACUUCAUGGUAGAAGUUCUUUAUUGUUACGAAAUUCAGUUAGAACCUAAAGUACAAAGGCAUGGUUUAGGAAAAUUAAUGAUGCAAGUUCUUGAAUUGAUAGCCUUUUCUGCUAACAUGAAGAAAGUUGUGUUGACUGCAUUAAAACACAAUCCUGAGGCACUUGCAUUUUUUAGAGCCCUAAAGUAUAACAUAGAUGAAACUUCACCAGAAGGAGAUUUUGAAGAAUAUCCUUAUGAGAUUUUGAGUAAACCUAACAAAAUACUGCUUAAGAACAUUUCAACGUAAUACUUACUGUAAAGGGAUACUUUUUAUGCAAUGUUUUCCGAAGAAAAGAAGAUGCAGAUGUCCGUUCUUGCACCAAUGAAGACAAGAGGAUGGUCCAGCUAACAAUUUAGAAGACUGUGACUAAGACUGGAAAUAUUCCAUUGCACUUGGAAGGAUUGGACUUCUAAGCAAUUUUUUUAAUUUUUACCAGGACAAUUGCUCGAAAGUAACCUAAAAUUUCUUCUAGUUUUUAUUGUUUGAUACGGGCAUCAUCUGAUGAGUUUAUGAAAGAAACUUUCCUGUCAUGCAUGGGUUUUUCAAUCCUCUUCAUGCAUUGGUAUUAAGUUUUUGUAUUAGUGAUGUAUUAUAACUGGUAGUGUUUGUUUAACUGUUCUGCUUUCAAAGGAUUUAUGAACUCCAGGAGUGAAAUGUUCACAUGUAUUAUAUUUUGUCUGCUUUGUAUUAUUUAAAUUAGUUUAAAAUGUAUAGUUACUAACAAUUCUGGAAAUAAAUGAUAAGAGAGAGAAUGAGAAAACAAGUGAAGCAUUGUGAGAUAAAUUACUCACAAAAACACAUUGAUCCAUGUUUUAUGCAUGUUAUUUUAAAAAAAUAGUACUUUUGAGACCAUGCAUAAAUUACGUAAUGCAAAUUUAAAGUAUUUUCAAUAACCCCCCUAUAAUACAACUAACAGGAAAUUGAACCCCCCCUAAAUAAUUAACAACUUGCAACAACACUUCCUUACUUAUAAGAAGUGAAAAUAAAUUAUAGUACAGUAAAAACUGCUUGUAUUUAUUUUACUUCUGUUUUAUAUUCAAAUUAAUAAUUAUAGUAGAAAUUCGUUGGCAAUGCUGAUCGCACCUAAGAAGAUUGGGGCAAGUCCAGUGAGUGAGUGAAUGAAAGAUUUCUAGGCAAGAAAAGGUUUGAUCUUAAGCCGUGCACAUGCUGCUAUGGUUGGCAUCAGUGAGUCUACUGUGUCAAUUUGAAUGGGGUCUAGAAUAUACAUCUUUUUCUUCGUAAUCUCGCAGGUUCAAUACAAAAUUGUAAAAUAUUUCCAUUGAAUCAAUUUACAACUAAUAACUUUGUUUUUAAAACAAAUUUAUUACUUAAUAUUUUAGUACAAGGCUCAGAAAAGGAAUUAUUUCAGUAAAUGUUGAAAAAUGGG